AUGAUGACAGAGCGUGGUAAACGCGGACGUGAGUCAUCUGCGGAGUCAUCACCGGCGGUGAAAGUACGCGAUCAUCCCGCAGGCGCCAAUUCACCAAAGACAACAACAACAACAACAACACACACUGCUGAGAAUCCCGCAUGUGAACUAGUACUUCCACCAACAAAUAACAGUAAUGAUCACAAUGACAACAAUGAGAUGAAGCUCAAGGAUACUUUAGCGGCUGCUGUGGCGGAGCAGUUCUCAGUUGUAGAGAUUCUCUUUCAAUUAGAGGCGGAUCGUAAACGCACUGGUGGUGUACUCUUCCCACGUGAUAUUGCCUCUUUGCUGUUGUGGACAGUGCCGUGUGCGGUGCCGUUAGUGGAAGGGCCGCGUGUGUUCUUUCUGCGAAACCGAUCACGACUGCGUGAUGUGGUGGUGGUGUAUGUGAAUGGAUGGACACAUGAUGAUAUGAUGCGAUGCAGUACAGGUGAGGCAAAUCUCAUCACAAUAGCAGAAACAAACGAUACACGACUUCCUCCAAAGAAAAAGAUUCGACAAGAGGAGGAAGGGGAGAAUAAUAAUAAUAAUAAUAAUAAUAAUAAUAAUAAUAAUGAUAAUAAUAAUCUUGUGAGAGUGUCAGAGGCAGGAAGGUGGGCUGAGUCUAUUGGACGAUCAAUGUUAAGUCCAAUACGCACACAGAACUGUUGGGCACGACGGGAGUGUGGAGUGCAGUUUGCACCCAUGUUGAUCACAGAUAAGAGAAAUACAUUAGAACAUAAUAUUUUCUGGCGUAAUGAUGCACCAAGAACAAUGAAUCCCAAUAAUAAUAAUAAUAAUAAUAAUAAUAAUAAUAAUAAUAAACGCCGUGAUCAUGGAGAGACCAUGGAGUUAAUAAGAGAGGAUCGUGUGGAUGAAAAUAAAAGCACCGUAGCAACAGCGGAUUCAAGUGGAGUGGGUGGUCUCUUUAAACGUGCCUUAACCAUUCACGGUUCUCCAACAGGGACAACUCCAACAGAUGAUGUCGUCAUUACACCAACACCGUCCUUUGCAACUGUGAUGCCAUCUUCACCUGUGGAGGCGGUGCAGGUGCCAUUACCGCCUGCAGAGGGACAUCCAUCCCUGUGGGAAGAUCGAGAUACACUAUUGCAGUAUGCGUUAACAUUGGAAAAGGAUAAGGCAUUACUGAAGAGUCUCGCAUUUGUCGUGGAUGUACCAGAAGAAGAAGGAGAAGGAGGAGGAGAAAAAAAAAAGAAUGAGGUUGGUGGUGAGGGAUCAGAGUGGAGUUGCUUUGAAGAGGAGACAACUACAACUACAACUACUAUUCCUAAUAAUAGCAAUAAUAAUAAUAGUGAUGAUGUGAGUGAUGAAAAGAAUGAGAAUCACCUACCACGUGUAUAUGCGUUAGACUGUGAAAUGGUACUGAUAGCCAAUCGAGUGAGUGCAUUAGCGCGUUUAACGUUAGUGGAUGUACGUGCGGCUACCGUAGUAUUAGAUACACUCGUCAAACCCGCAGAGCCGGUGGUGGAUUACGUUACUCGAUAUAGUGGUGUAGAUGCUGAGAUGUUAGCCAAUGUGGAAACUACCCUGCAGGAUUGUCAACGAGAACUCAAGCGAUUUAUCAACACCACUACUUUUGUCGUUGGACACAGUUUGGAGAAUGACUUUAAGGCGUGUAAAAUGCUUCCCAACUGUUAUAUUUUAGACUCUGCACAUCUCUUCCCACAUCCGGCUGGUUUGCCGUUUAAAAACUCUCUUCGUUUUCUCGCUCUGCGGUAUUUGCAGAGACGCAUUCAACAAGGUGCCCACGACAGUGCGGAGGAUGCCUGUGUGAGUGCAGAGUUGGUGUAUCUUAAACUUCAACACGGCCCGCAAUUCGGCAUCCGCGCGCAGGUGAGUGUUCUUCAACUCAUGGAACAGGCCGGAAUGCCAACAGAAACAACAGAAACAACAAUAGAAACGGAAGAGACGACUGGGAUGAUGUGUUCAUCCUCAUCCUCAUCUUCUUCAUCGCCUACGGUGACGUUAAAUAUAUUUGAUGAUGCCUGUGUGAUUCGUGAUCUUCUCCCACGCAAUGCGGAUGCCCACAAUGGACAUCGCAUCAACGCCGUGCCCGUGCGUAGUGAUAAUGACGCCGUACGCAAAGCCGUGCGAUCUCUACAGCAGCGGCGGGCCGCACGGCAACAGGCUGUAGAUGGAUUGCCAGACACAUACGCACUAACUUGGGUACAACUCACACAGAACGUGGUGCGGCGAAGAGAAGAAGAAGAAGAACAGGAAGAAGAGAAACAAGAUGAGGAAAAGAAGGAAGAAGAAGAAGAAAAGGAAAAAAAAGAGGAGGAUGAGGCAUCUUGGGAGGAACAACAAUUAUUGCGUGUGGAGGAGACGAAUCGUCGUGUUCUGCAGAUCGUUGAAGCGGCACCGCACAACAGUCUUGUGCUUGUUCUUGCCGCCGGUACAAAAGAUGCAUUGAGAUCUUUAGAUACAAUAACAACAACAACAACGUCUGAGCAGCCCCGUGGUGUCUGCUUUGCUUUUGUAAAGGAUGAUAAGGCUCAGGGGCCAUCAGCCUCAUGGCUUGCUGGAGAAGUAGCAACAACAACAUCUACUACUACUACUACUACUACUACUACUACUACUACUACUAAUAAUAAUAAUAAUAGUAGUAGCACUGCUGCAGCGGCAGGAAGAAAGGAGGGAAUCUCUGGCGUCAAGCUUUCAACACCUCCAGCGUGUGAGCAGCAAUAA